AUUCCAAUUCCAAACUGUAUAUUUUGCCAUGACGGGCCGAGAGUCGAAUCGCAUUAAGGAUGCAGAGAAGAAACGUGUGCUGGAUGCUGCCGCUCGGCAGAGGCGCGCCCGCAAAGCGCUCGAAGCACUGGAGCAGGAUAAUUUCCACGAUGACCCACACGCCGAUCUGGUCAUGUCCAAGAAGUUACCUAAAUUCCAGGACAGUGUCAAGAACGCCAAGGAGAAGAAGGGCAAGCGUAAGGGAGCCGAAUACUUCAGGGCCAAAUACCGCAAAAACUUUCAGCAGCUCCUCGAGGAGGACAAACAAAAGCCCAAUUAUGAGAGUGCAGCAGCGCCGGCUCCCAAUAAGCCAGUGCGCCACUUCUGUGCGGUCUGCGGAAACUUCUCGCAAUAUUCUUGCACAGCCUGUGGGACGCGCUACUGCCGGGUGAAGUGUCUGCGCACGCACCAGGACACUCGCUGUCUCAAGUGGACCGCAUAAAACACCAAGUGGUUGUAAUAUUAGCACCGUACCUAAACUAUUGCUAGUAUAGAUUGUAGAUAUAAACAUUGUACAUGGAAAAAUAGUCACAGUUCCCAUUAAAUCUAAGGAACCUAUGUUCCAGCGGCCGGUCUCUAUUAAUUUUGAA